AUGUAUACCUCGCUCUAUCUUACACUAAAAUAACCAUCAACAACUAAGAACAAACAAACUACAAGAAGAAAAACAAAAGCGUGUGUGAGAAACUGGGCCCACGCUCAUCGUAUAAAAGGAAAACUCCUUCCACACCAUCAUCAUCACCACCACGCACUGCUUCACUCCCUUAACUUCCAUAACUAACCGAAUUCAUUCAACUCUCUGCAUUACACACUCAUUCCUUCAACAUCACUUCCUCUCUCUCCGCAAUUAAAUUUUGAACUCAAAAAAUGAAACUCAAAUAAAAAAGAAUGGAACCAGAGGCACACAUCACGAAGAAACCGCGAAGCAAACGCUGUUGGCGAUUCCGCCAUAAGAUCUCUCCGUCGAAUUCGGUGUCUUGCAAUUCAAGCAGAGUUACAGUCGAAUCAAAUGCUAAGAAGAGAAAAUCACUUGAACUAGAAAGCAACGUGCCGUUCCGGAGAAUCACGAGAUCUUACUAUAAGCAGCAAAACGAGACGAAGAAAGGAAAUGAAUUAGCUGAAGUGAGCGACUCUUCAUGUGUUGAAUCAAAUUCUGGAGUAAUUGAUUCUGCUGUUUUCGUUAGGAAAGUGUCCGAUGACAUCUUUUCUACUGCUUCUAAAGCAAGUCAAAACAAAUCAAUCGUUGAAACAGAGCUCUCUGAAAUUUCAAAAAACGAAGCAGUUUCAGUUAACGAGUCUUUAGUAGAACAAAAGUCAAAGAGCUUAGAAUCUGAAACUGAUCUUGCUUGCGCUGAGCAUUUCUCUUUGGACGAUGUCGUUUCAGAUUACUCUUCUAGUCACGGGACAGCUUUCUCUGAGCUUCAAUUUGAAGUAUUCCCGGAGAGUUCAUCGGACGGCCGAGAGUUUUCAGAUGAUUAUACGCCGUCGAUUUUCCUUGAUUCCGGAAGUGAGUUCUCCGAGAAAUCAUCUGAUGAUGCUCCGCCAUCACGUACUUAUUCUUUAUUGCUCGAGUUUCGAUGUCAAUUCUUAAGAUCAAGUGUUUCUCCAGACACGAUAAGAUCACUUAUUGGAGCAGAAAGCCAUAGCUUUAUGAGGUUAAAAAAUGAGGACGACGAAGAGAGCUACCAAUUGUUACGGGGAAGAGAGAGAAGGCAACUAUUUUUGCAUGACUACGUCGAGUUGUAUCGAUCCACGACGGAGUACGGUGAUCUCAUACUCCAGCAACGGCUACAAAUGGUCCAUUGGAUCGUCGAGCAGUCAACUGCCAUGGAGUUUCAACAUGAGACAUUGUUCCUUGGAGUUAGCCUUCUGGAUAGGUUCUUUAGCAAAGGAUAUUUUAGCAACGUAAGGAACCUUCAGAUUGUUGGGAUAGCCUGUCUUACAUUGGCCACGAGAAUUGAAGAAAAUCAGCUCUGCAAUCGUGUGAAGCGAAGGAACUUCCACAUAGAGAGCAAUGUAUACAGCAGAUCAGAAGUGGUUGCCAUGGAGUGGCUGGUGCAGGAGGUUCUCGACUUCCAAUGCUACUUGCCCACCAUCCACAACUUCAUGUGGUUCUAUCUGAAGGCUGCUAGAGCUGAUGCAGCGAUAGAGAAGAGGGCCAGAUACUUGGCAAGGCUAGCACUGUCAGACCAUGAGCAUCUUCGGCACUGGCCCUCAACAGUUGCAGCAGGGCUUGUCAUUAUGGCUUCUCUGCAAAGCGAGCAAAUUGAAUCUUACCAACGGGUCAUUGAGGUUCAUAUCAGAACAAAAGAAAAUGACUUGCAUGAAUGCAUAAAGACAAUGGAGUGGCUGAUACAGUAUGUAAGCUAGCAGAUCAGAAGAAUGGAUUGUAACCUCACAUUUUGUUCACUACCGUUGACUACUCAUACAUCACAAGACAUUGGAGAAAUGCAAAUGAAGAGCUCUCUAUAUUCUAAUAAAAAGCAGGUUAUAGAUAUCUGAUUCUUUUCCAACUAAGCAUAAACUCCUCUUGUUUCCGUCCAUAAAUGGCCGGAGGCAGAGUCUGUAACCACUUACCUGGCUUAUGCAAAGUUGGAGACACUAUUCUUUC